AAACAAACUCAGUCUGAUUCCUAAAACGCUUUUACGUCCACACGACCACACCAAUCUCACUCUCUAAUUUUCUCUCUCACGUGUUUUUUUCUUUUCUUUUCUCUCCAUUUUCUUUUCUCCCCAUUUUCUUCUUCUCUUUCCAUGGAGGAUGAUGAAGCUUUUCCCUUAAUCCACCACUGCGAUUCACCCUUCUUCCCUUCUUCCAAAUCCUUCAACGAUGUCACCACCUUGCACCAACCACCGCCCCCACGACCUCGCAAACCAGAGAUUCAAUCCUCCACUUCUGAACCAUUUCCUCCUCCGAAGUUGAAGAAGAAGCUCAGCCGCUGCAAAACCGCACCUGCUCUAUUCGUCAUGCGAGACCUCAAACCCAAACCACCUGAACUUCCCAAACCCCAAACCAGUUCCAUAAUCAGACAAGGAAUCUGGUUGCUCAUUCUUUACCUCUCUGUUGGAGUUGCCAUAUACUCCUUCAACAGAGACCGUUUUUCUGGGAUUGAAACUCACCCUGUUGUUGAUGCCCUUUACUUUUGCAUAGUCACCAUGUGCACUAUAGGUUAUGGGGAUAUAGCUCCAUUGACCCCAGUCACAAAGGUCUUUGCCUGCGUUUUUGUGUUGGUAGGGUUUGGAUUCAUAGACAUACUCCUUAGUGGGCUUGUCAAUUUUGUCCUUGAUUUGCAGGAACAUGUCAUCCUCACUGGGCUUCAGAUGGGUGGGAGGGCGGGUUUCUCUGCGAGGGAUUACAUUGUUGAUGUGGCCAAAGGGAGGAUGAGGAUCAGGUUGAAGGUUGGUUUGGCACUUGGUGUGGUGGUUUUGUGUAUUGGGAUUGGGUGUUUGGUGCUGUAUUUUGUGGAGGGUUUGGAUUGGGUUGAUUCUAUUUAUUUGUCUGUCAUGUCUGUUACUACGGUUGGGUAUGGGGAUAGAGCCUUCAAGACGCUUCCGGGGCGGUUGUUCGCCGCGGUUUGGCUCCUGUUUUCUACAUUGAUGGUGGCAAGGGCUUUCCUCUAUUUGGCUGAGGCUAGAAUCGAUAAGAGGCACCGGAGAAUGGCGAAGAAUGUGCUGCAGAGAGAUAUCACUGUUGAGGAUUUGAUUGCUGCUGAUAUCAACCACACUGGUUUUAUCAGUAAGUCAGAGUAUGUAAUAUUCAAGCUCAAAGAGAUGGGUAAAAUACAGGAAAAAGAUGUGAUGCAAAUUUGUGAUCAAUUCGGGAAGCAUGACCCCUCUAACCGUGGGAAGAUAACAUUACCUCAUCUCUUAGGACCUGUUUGAUUUCAUGUUGAUCACAGCGCAAUCGGGUCUCUCUUUCAUGUUCGGCAUUUUGGGAUGUGCGAUCUCUCUUUCUGAGGCAAGUGAACCUGGGUUCCGGGAGGAAUCCAAACACACUUAGGAUGAGGAAUGCAAACUGGGGAAGAUUAUCCUUCAUGCAAAAAAUUCUACAACUGUACAUGACAAGUGUUCUACCUUAGAGGUCUCAGUUAUUUGAAUCAUUGGGAUAUAGAUUUUGUAUAGAUAUAUGUAGAUUUGCGGAGAUUGUUAGUAGAAACUAGAAAGAGAACCCAUCAAUCCUAGAGCUUUUUGUGUUCACAACAAUGGAUUAGCCGGUUCUAAAAAGAAAAAAUAUUUGAUUCAAUGAUAAAAAUUAUCUGAUUGAAUUCUUAUUA